GGAUUAUUUUUGCUUUGAAGAUAUAAAAAUACUGACGACGACGACGUAAGGACCGAGUCAGUAUGAAUUUCCAUUUUCAUUUCAAACGGACAACAAUUCAUAUCGUCAUGAGAGCAGGUUAGGAAGCUGUCUGAUCCCGUGUCAAAAAUGACAUCAUGGCUUUAAACUGGGCAUGUUCGUAUUCACGUAUUCUCAUCGUACCUCAACUUACCACGAACGAAACUUUUCUUCUUCUCUUUAUAACCUCAAUUGUGUGCAAAUACUUGAAGCCUCGACUCCGUCAUAAAUAAAAAAAUAAAACACAAUCGCAAUGGGUUUAUUCGCCGCCAUACUCGGUCUCAUUGGCACUGGUCAAAUUGCCUUCACAGGAUACAAUCUCUACCUCUCCUCAAUUGCUAUCCCAAAGCUCCUCUCAUACGAAGAUAAAGCUGUAAAGGCUGCAAAAUAUUCAAACAUCGCCGAGGAGCAAUUGCUCAAGACGCGUACCACACAAGCUGCGAGUGUUGGAGCUCUCCUCCUAAGCUUUCUAACCGCCACUCCAUUUCUUCUCUCUCGCUAUAGCAGUAGCACGAUCUUUGCUCUCUCUGCAGUCAAUCUCGCAGUCUUACUUGUCACAAGAGAAUAUGUAGGAGAUUUUUGGAAGGGCAAAGCAAAAAUGCCGAUUCCAGGUACUGGAGACUUCAACGAUGCAAUUGGGUUGACGAAUGAAAUUAGAGCGAACCAAUUGUUUUUGGCAAUAAGCUGGGUGGCUUACGGAGUUGUGGGUUUGUUGGCAUAAACGGGACAAUGGGGAAACUGGAUGAGAUAGGAUGGGAUAGGAUGGGGUAAAAUAGGGUAGGAUCAAAAGGAGUUUGGAUGGUUGCAUAUAUAUGGACGGUGAGUGGCAUAUUAUGGGAGGUUCGAUCAUCAUUUCUACUGGAUGCAAUUAAUUAUUGCAUAUGGAACCUGGAAAUGGAAGUACAAAAUUUUACUGAUAUCGGUUCUCUGAGAAUUUCAAGAUUUCAGCGCACACAGUCUUUACAUUGAUGUGGAAGUGUCUGAUACUUUUCUGUUGCUCUAAAUAAUGGCUUCUCUCCAUUUUCGUGACACUUUGGGAAAAAUCCAGAGAACGAGCAAGGUCUCUUCCUGAUGAUAUCUGCAAAAGUUCGUUGAUAUCCGCGGCCAUAUCUGGUGGAUGUAGUCUUUGGAGGUCUAGAACUUUCCUGUAUCGGUAUAUCCAUGAAUGAGAUUCUAGUAGAAGGCAUUGCCUAUUUCCUGCGCACUUUUAUAUCUCUAUAUUUAACUCACGUCUUUCGUGUGGAGAGCCGGGAAGUUGAGAAAUACAAGCUACUCAGUCCUACAUAUACUUCCCUUCGAUGACCUUUGUUAUGUCAAUUUGUUCAUGUACGAAAGCUUUAGUCUCUAAAUGUUUCUAUAGGCAACGGAAGAUGAAUUGUAUA